AUGGCGGCGGUUUUCUGGGCGCUGCUGCCCCUAGCAGCGGCGAAGCAGAUCCUGGUGACAGGCGGCCUGAUGCGGAGCCACCACCUGGCCGUGGUGCCGGUGGUGGAGGGGCUGCUGGCGCGCGGGCACAACGUCACCUUCGUGCUGCCCAACAGCAGCGAAGCGCGCGGCUGGUUCCCCAAAGGCCUGGGGAAGGCCAAGUUGGUGCACCUGGGCCCGGAAGACGCCAGCUUCGCCUCGUUUCAUAUGCCGGACAUGAAGAACCUCCCGGUGCACCGGAGGAUCCUGGCCUGGGCGGAUAUAUUUUGGAACUACCAGCGUCUCAUUGAGAAGCCGAUCUUUGGCAUGGUGAAGGACUUCUCGGCUUUUCUGCAGCAGCACAGCUUCGACGCGGUCUUCUCCUCCGCCUUGUCCAUCGGCUGCAACCAGGUGCUGAUGUUGAAGAACCAGACUGUUCCUUGGGUUAGCUUCAUGAGCGCGCCUCUCUACCCGGAGUUCGUCUUGAAGGACACCAACUACCUUUGCAAUUACCCGAACCUCUUGAACCCACGAAGCCUGAACGAGCUGAAAGCUUCUCUCCUCCAGCGGGUGCAGAAUCGCAUCGAGUGCCGGCUCUUGAAUGCCUACAUCACCUUCGCCGGGCUCACCUUCAACCGCGUGCUGCGGGCCAACAGUUUCCCGCCCUUCCGGCACUUCUCUGAGCUCCUGAUGGCUGGCCCGGUGACUGUAGCCCUCGGGGGACCGCCGGUGUCGCCGGCGUUGCAGCUGCCACCGAAGGUUCACGUGGUGGGCAUCGUGGAGCUGCCCAAGCCGCGGACCUUGCCGGCAGACAUGCGCCUGUGGCUGGACGAAGCGGGGGCCCAAGGUAGGCCGGUGAUGUACGUCUCGAUGGGCACCAAGUACGAGCUGACGGAAGAGGUCUUCCAAAAGCUCCUGGCGCAACUCGAGCGUUUGGCCAAGGAGAAGGACUUGGCAGUGCUAUGGUCCCUGCGCGAGUCCCAGCAGAAGGAGCUGACACUUCCGCCGCAGAAUGCCCACCUGCGGUUUGAGGCCUUUACGCCCCAGCCGGAAGUCUUGGCGCACGGCGCGGUGAAGAUCUUCCUGUCGCACUGCGGCUGGGGAGGGCUCACGGACUCCCUGAGCGCGGGCGUGCCGAUUUUGGCGUACCCGGCCUUCGCGGAGCAGAAGGGCAACGCCCGGCAGCUCGAGGACUUCCGGGCGGCGAGGCUGCUGGAGGUGGGCUUCGAGAACCUGCCCGAGGCGGCCAGCAGCUUGCUGGAGGAGCCCAGCUACAGUCGCAGGGCCAAAGAAGCAGGGGAGCUUCUACGGAGCUUCGGGGGCCUCGAGAGGACCUUGGACUUGGCAGAGGCGGCAGUGGAAAAGAGGUUCCUGGACCCUCUGCCAGCGCAGCAGGCGAUGGAUCAGGUGGACCCCUUUUUGCUGAAGAUGCACGAGGUGGACAUCGUGCUCAGCACGGCCUUUGCGUGCUUCUGCUUCCUGGUGGUUUUGUGCAUCUUCACCUGCUGCUGUCGCGCAUGCUGUUGGUGCUGCUGCCGCUGGUCGGGUUCCAAGCCGAAAAAAGAGAGGAAGCAGCAGAAGGACAUGGCCAAGAAAGAGCUGUGA